CCACUACUCUCUCUCUCUCUCUCUCUGCUCCGCUGACCGCCGGCCGCUGCUGUGCCUGUGCUGGAGUCGAGUCGAGUCGAGUCGAAGCAACUCAUCUCAACCGAGUCCUCCUCCCUCUAGUCUAGACUGUUGGUUGGCUUGUUCCAUCCUCUUCCUCUUCCUCUUCCUCUGCCUCUGCCUCUCCGCUCCGCGUGCGUUUGUUUUGACCCGCUCCCACGAACCGUAACCCUAGCAGGCAGCAGAUCGCCUCGCCGGCCAUGGAGAGCUGGGCGACCUGGGUGGGGACCAGCGUCACCUCCGCCUUCUUCGCCUCCCUCGAGCGCUGCUCCUGCAUCAACCUCUCCACCGACGACGACGACGACGACGACCGCGACCACGACGAGGCCAAGGACCGCCCCCUCAUCCUCGCCGCCGCCCCCCGCCACGACGACGUUGCCAAGCCCGAUCCAGACUCCUCCCUCCCCGCCCCCGCCGCCAAGGACCAGAAGCAAGAGCAGCCGCCCCUGCCGCCCGUAUGAUCCAUCCCUUGCUUCCUUCUACUAGUUCCUACUGUUGUUGCUAUGUCUUAGGAAUCUCUCUCUCGCCUUCCUUCGUCGCCAAAUAAGUCGUGUGUGUGUGUGUGUCUGUGCAGUCACUUAGUCCGCCUGUUGCGUUACUACUAUCCUGUGUCAACCUGUCUGUCAGUUUGAAAUUUGAAUCGACUCAAAACCAUAUAUGCUUCUAAUUACUCUAUCAUCAUCAACUUGAAAUUGUUGUGUUGUGCC